AUGGCGGACUACCCUUACGAAUCACGGCCCCCACCGCGGCCACGAGCCUACCCGGACAACAACUCACAACGUGAUGCCGCCUUCUCUAAUAUAUUUGGCGCCGCGCCGCCGCCAGGGAGGUCCCAAACCAUGACAUCGUCAGCAAUGCCUCCAAUGAUGGAUCAAGGAAGAGGUCCACCACCGAAUGCUCCACGGCCACCCCCUCAGCCGCGACCUCAACAGGCUUACUAUGGUGACUAUGAGCAUUCAUCCCCUGGUGGCAACCGGAUUUCGGAAGGUAGCAUACCCGCUGGCUAUUACCAAGGGCAACGAUCUACCUCCGGGGGACAAUACGCUCCAAACCAAUACAUGCCACAGGGACGACGCCAGUACCCUAACACGGGCGGACCGCCCCCCCCUAGGAUGGAAUCUCGAGGAAGUGCACCACCUCAAGCGGCAGGUGCAAGGCAACCCGGACAUAGGAUGUAUCAGAUACCGCACAGGGCUGCCUUGAACUCUGACCCUUAUCGGUCGCAAUCACUCGCCUCGACCCCCCGACCUCAGAUAUAUCCGCAGUCACAGCAUGCAUAUCAACAGUCGCCUGCGAACCAGUCUCGUCAGGCUCCCUAUUCGCAACAGCCGUCUGCAAGAACCACCGCGCAGGGCCGUGUUGUGCCCGAAAGACACGAAGAUCGAUCUAUGUCAAUGACCGGCCCAUACCACACUCAAGAUAGGGAUGCCCAUCAAACGAUGAGUGGCCGUGUCAUCCCCAACCGGCGACCACCGUCAGACCUACAGACCGUGAACGGAUAUAUGCCGCAUGGUGGCUCGUAUGCAAAUACAUCUACUGCUCAAGGUAGGACCACGAGCAUGGUUUCGUCAACAAACACGUAUGAGCAUUCUCGAACAAUGUCCAUGGCGUCUAGUAUUGCGCCAACAGUCGCACCUUCCGAGUCUGAUUCGAUGACGCUUGUGCAACGACCCUCUCGAAGUAAAUCUGUCGAGAGUGAGCGUCCCCAGACGGCAACAAAAAUACGCCCGCCACUCGUCUAUCCUGCAUUACUCUCAAGAGUGGCCGAGUGCUUUAGAGAAAAAAUUUACGUCGGGGACCGCACCAAGAACGAACUGACGUACAAAAAUGCCUUCAGUGGCUCCGAGGCUGUUGACGUUUUGUCUUACAUUAUCCGAACGACGGACAGAAACCUUGCGUUGCUUCUUGGCCGUGCGCUGGAUGCGCAAAAGUUCUUCCACGAUGUAACCUACGAGCAUCGCCUGCGAGACUCGCAGUCUGAGAUGUAUCAGUUCAGAGAGACACUCGUGGACGAGCCGGAAGAAAAGUCAUCCGUCAAUGGUGUCUUUGUCUUGCUUUCUGAAUGUUACUCGCCUACUUGCACGCGAGAGCAGCUUUGCUAUUCUAUUGCAUGUCCUCGCAGAUUGGAGCAAGUGUCACGCCUGAAUCUCAAAAUCAAUCCCGGACUGCGGAAAGAUGACGCAACAAACCUGCAUGAUGACGAGGCAGACCAGACGGAUGAGCAAAAAUUAUGGAUCAACUCCGUGCCGAAGGAAAUCGCGGAUGCUGUUAGCGAGCGAGAAAAGAAAAGGCAAGAAGUUAUCUCCGAGAUAUGCUAUACGGAAAGAGACUUUGUCAAGGAUCUUGAAUAUUUGCGCGACUUCUGGAUUCUCCCCUUGAGGUCAAAGCAAUCGCCUAUCCCUCCCCAGCGUCGCGAGAAGGUUGUCAAAACGAUUUUCAGUAAUAUUAUUGACCACCCGAGCAUCCAUACUGUCAGCUCAAGAUUUGCAUCAUCUAUCACGAGUCGACAACAAAAGGAUCCGAUUGUUCACAGUAUUGGCGAUAUCUUUCUGGAGUUUGCGCCGCAGUUUGAGCCCUUCAUCUGGUACGGGUCUAAGCAACUAGAGGGUAAAUUUGGGUUUGAGAACGAGCGCUCAGUAAACCCGUCCUUCUCCACUUUCGUUGACGAAAUUGAACGAAAGAGAGAAUCCCGCAAACUCGAACUCAAUGGCUAUUUGACCAAGCCAACCACUCGAUUGGCUCGGUACCCUCUACUGCUUGAGAAUGUCCUCAAGUACACAGAGGAUGAUAGUUCCGACAAAACCGAUAUACCCAAAGUGCUCACCAUGAUCAGAGACCUCCUCAGCCGUGUCAAUGCGGAAUCUGGCAAGGCUGAGAAUCGCUUCAAUCUGAGACGUUUACACGAGCAACUUCGUUUCAAGGCUAACGAAAGAGUUGAUCUUCGACUGACCGAGGAAGGACGCGAGCUAGUUUUCAAGAGCCAGUUUAAGAAGUCACCGACAGACCCGGCUGAGAUCACAGCUUUUCUAUUCGACCAUGCCGUCCUGCUCGUGCGUAUCAAGCAAAAGGGGAAGACAGAAGAGAUUACCGCGUAUAGGCGGCCAAUCCCUCUGGAACUCCUCGCUAUCCGAGAAAUGGAUGAAGUGAUACCCCUACAGGGCUCGAUAAAGCGAUCAUCGUCAAGUCUUAUUCCAUCUAUCCGAACGACUGUAUCUGAUACCAAGAAGGGCGAAGGCUGGCCCAUCACGUUUCGACAUUUGGGAAAAGCAGGCUAUGAACAGACACUUUAUGCCUCCAAUCAAGCGGCGAGGAAGAAAUGGCUAGAGUUUAUCGAUAAUGCCCAGCAACGUCUUCGCGCUCGUGCUGAUUUCUUCAACACUAAUGCAAUUUCAAGCAACUUCUUUGGGGGCACAAACCAAGUUAACUGUGUUACACCAUUUGACGGCGGCAGAAAAUUACUGUACGGCACUGAUAAUGGUAUUUACAUCUCUGAUCGUAAAGUUAAGGAGCAAAUACCAAGGCGUGUUCUUGAAACACCCAGCGUCACUCAGAUCGACAUACUGGAAGAAUACCAGCUUCUCCUUGUUUUGUCGAACAAGACGCUGCAAUCCUACUCCCUGUCAGCACUCAACCCCGACGAGCCAGCCUUGGCCAAGAGGCCGAAGAAGAUACAGAAUCACUGCAGCUUCUUCAAGACUGGCAUCUGCCUAGGCAGACAUCUUGUCUGCUGCGUGAAGUCCACCGCGUUAUCGACCACCAUCAAAGUUUUUGAGCCCAACGACGCGAUGACGAAGGGGAAGAAACAAAAGGGACUCGGUAAAUUUAUCAGCAGUGGCCAUGACGAACUCCGACCCUUCAAAGAAUUCUACAUCCCUACGGAAUCCACGUCGGUUCAUUUCCUCAAGUCAGUCCUCUGUGUGGCUUGUGCAAGAGGAUUUGAAGUCGUCUCCCUGCAAACUCUUGAGACCCAGUCGCUUCUUGAUCAAGCCGACACUUCGCUUGAUUUUGUGGCCCGGAGGGAAGGAGUGCGGCCGAUUCACAUUGAGCGGCUGAACGGCGAAUUCUUGCUCAACUACUCUGAAUUCUCAUUCUUUGUUAACCGCAAUGGUUGGAGGGCUCGCCCAGAGUGGCGUAUUGACUGGGAGGGCGCGCCUCAGAGCUUUGCGCUGAGCUAUCCAUUUAUCCUUGCUUUUGAGCCCAACUUCAUAGAAUUGCGCAACAUCGAAAAUGGCACCGUCCACAUUGUGCCGCACAAGAGUAUUCGAAUGCUGCACAGCAGCACCCAUGAGGUAUUCCGACAGUCCCUGCUCACUAGCGAACGUAUUUUAUAUGCAUACGAAGACGAAAAGGGUGAAGAUGUUGUUGAGGCAAUCGACUUUUGGAAGAACAAUAGACGUUCAGAAGUUCCUGGCUCGUCUUCACCUUGA